AUGGAAAACCUUGAUGAUUUGCAUGCUCUAGAAUCAGGUGAGGAUCAAAUGCAGACUGAGGCUGAUAGUUUGGCAAAUGCCAAAGGGGAUUUGGAGGUUGCAGAUAAUCAAACAGAUCAGACAUUAAGUAUUUCGAGCAUCUCAAUUAAUGACAAUGGCAUUGGUUCAUUUCCUCCUGAGAGGGAAGAACUGCAUGAUGUGAUCUCUCAUAAUAUUAAUGUGAGAGCUGAGGUGGAACAUGAUGAGGGCAAGAACAAAUUCAAAGAAAGUGAAGAAGAGGUUUCAGUGGAGCAGGUUUUUAGUACUAUGGUCAAAGAAGCUGGCAUCUCACCAAGAUCGAGACAAAAAGGCUCUAAGAAAGGAAAGAAACAAGGAUUUAGAAGGAGAUUAGGUAUGAGAUAUGCCCAUUACAACUGCAAUGGUAAAAUAUGGUUCUUUGUAAAUGAUAAUGUGGAUGUGGAGAUCCUGCAGGACCUAGAACAACAGAUUACUAUAAAGCUGCUUUUCCAAGAUUGGAAUAAGUCACUUAUGGUAACUAUGGUCUAUGCAAAGUGUGAUCAUCUGGAAAGAAUCAGUUUAUGGGAUAGUCUGUAUAGUUUGGCUGAUCAAAUGGAAUUGCCUUGGUUGGUAGGGGGUGAUUUUAACAACAUUAUGAAUGAAGAUGAGAAGAUUGGUGGUUUACCUGUAUCUCCAGAUGAAUAUGAGGAUUUUGAAUUUUGUAUUAAUUCAUGUGAGCUAACUGACUCAGACCAUGCCCCUUUACUACUUACUUGGGGUGAAUCUUCACAGCACAUAAGGAAGCCUUUCAGAUUUCUAAAAUUCUGGACAGAACAUGCAUCUUUUUUAGAGGUGGUUAAUCAGGCAUGGAUCACAGAUUUUGAAGGGGAUGAUUUUAUCAAAUUUAAGCUGAAAUUGAAGAAUGUGAAAUCUGCUUUAUCUGCUUGGAGUAAGGCAACUUUUGGUGAUAUUUUCAAGCAACUGACAGUAAGGGAAGAGGUGGUGAGAAUUAAAGAACAAUGUUUUGAAGAGGAUCCUACUCUUAUGAACGGGAUGGUGCUACAGCAAGCACAAGCAGCAUUGAAAAAAUAUGUUCAUUAUGAGGAAGAAUUUUGGAGACAAAAGUCACAUAUGGCUAGUUUUGCUGAGGGAGACAGGAAUACAAGAUUUUACCAACAACAGUUCUCUCAAGAGGUUGAUCCAUUAAACUUUGAAUUGCAACAACAUGUUCCUAGUAUGGUGGAUCAGGAUACUAACAAUCAGCUGGUAAGCAUGCCAACUUUAGAGGAGGUGAAGAAGGCUGUAUUUGAAUUAUCUGCAGAUAGUGCUGGUGGUCCAGAUGAUAUGAUUAGGAUAUUUUAUCAGGUGUGUUGGGACAUUGUUGGUGCUGAUGUAUACAAUCUUGUGAAAGCCUUUUUUGAUGGCCAAACUCUUCCAAAGUCAGUCACACAUACCAACCUGGUACUAUUACCAAAGAAGAAUAACAUUGAGACCUUUGCUGAUAUGAGACCAAUCAAUCUCAGCAACUUUAUCAACAAGGUUAUUUCUAGAGUUGUUCAGGAUAAACUGGAAGGCAUUCUACCUUCUCUGAUAUCUCCCAACCAGUCUGGAUUUUUUAAGGGCAGAUGUAUCAUUGAAAAUGUCCUUCUAACUCAAGAAGUUAUGACUGACAUUAGACUAAGAGGAAAACCAGCUAAUGUUGUACUUAAGCUUGACAUGGCUAAAGCAUAUGAUAGAGUAUCACGGAGUUACUUGAUCAGAGUUUUAAGGAAGAUGGGAUUUGCAGAAAUUUUCAUAGAUAUGGUUUGGAGGUUGAUAGCAAAUAAUUGGUAUUCCAUACUCCUUAAUGGUCAAGCUUAUGGUUUCUUUCAUUCCACCAGGGAUGUAAAACAAGGAGAUCCACUCUCUCUUGCUUUGUUCAUCUUAUCUGCUGAAGUUUUAUCUAGAGCAUUGAAUUCUUUAUUUGAGAAUAAUGAGUUUAGAAGUUAUGGAAUGCCCAAAAGGAGUGCAAAUCUGAAUCAUCUGGCAUAUGCAGAUGACACAAUAAUUUUUUCAUCUGCUGAUGCUAGAUCUUUGGAGCUAAUUAUGGAGGUAUUACAUGCAUAUGAGCAGAAUAAUAGUGAGGAAGGCAGAAGAAGACACUGGUCAUCACGGCUAAAUUUGUGUAAGCCAAAAGAGGAAAGAGGAGUAGGCUUUAGAUCUUUGUUUGAUGUAUCUAAAGCCUUAUGUGCAAAACUUUGGUGGAAAUUCAGGACAACAAAUACUCUAUGGGAAAACUACAUAUGGAUCAAAUAUUGCAAAAGGCACAGUCCUCAGACUGUGCAGUGGAAGGGAGGUUCUCAAGUAUGGAAGGCUAUGAUAGAGGCUAGAGAUAAUAUAGAGCAAGAAAUAUGGUGGGAACCAAGGAGUGGAACUGCAAAUGUAUGGUUUGACAACUGGACAAAGCUAGGGGCUCUAUAUCACAUAAUUCCAGAUGAUUUUGUGAUAGAUGAGGGUGUUCAAGAUGUAAAAGAACUUAUGUUACAGGAUGGUUGGAAUAUAGGAAGAUUGCAGCAGUUAUUCCCUAUGGAUAUUGUGGAUCAUAUAUUAGAAGAAUUGCACUUUCAUGAACCAACAGAAGAGUGGGAUAGGCCAAGAUGGAUGAUGACAGCAUCAGGCAAAUUUACUAUAGGCACUGCAUGGGAAUUACUGAGGAGCAAAGCAGUCAAGUCAGAUGUUUUUAAGAACAUAUGGACAUCAGGGGUACCUUUUAAGAUAUCCUUCUUUUUCUGGAGGCAAUAUGAAACUGUGGAUCAUUUUUUUGUUACAGGAAAUGUUGCUACAAAAGUGUGGACUUAUGUUAAAACUGUUGUUGGCAUCACAACACAGUUUCAACAAGUCAGGCAGAUUCUUCAAGUCUGGUGGAAUGCAGAUUGCCCUCAAAGUUCAGAACCAUCUUUAAAGCUAUUCCAAUGGUCACUAUGUGGCAGAUAUGGAAGUGGAGGAAUACAGUCCUACAUGGAGGGAGGAUGUCCAUCAACAAAGUGA